CCGGCUCAGCCCAUGCCUGCUGGGAAGAAGUUGCAGUCGUCACCCACAAUGCCAAUUGCUGAAGGAACAGACAGUGAUGAAGAAUUGCCUUGGUGCUGUAUCUGCAAUAAUGAUGCUGUGGUCCGUUGUCGUGACUGCGAUGGAGAUCUCUAUUGCCAGAGAUGCUUUAGGGAAGGCCAUGAUAAAUUUGAAAGAAAAGAACACAGAACAUCCAAGUACCAUCCACCAAACAAGAAGAAAUAACAUCCACGUCAACAUCCCUGUGGAAUCUCCCACAGUCGGACACUAAAGAAGUUUAAAAUAUAGCAUUUUCGCACCUUCUAAUUCAGUUAAGAGUGACCAAGAGCAAAGUGUGACAGGGGGAGCAACUUAAGAAAUUUCAAGGCACAUUGCUGUGCCAGUAGCCAGCUCCUGACUGAAAAGCAUCUAGAUUUGUCUUUUUUUGUGUUAUGUUCCUGGGUGUCUGCUGCGCCAUUACAAUUUUUUGUCAAUCUUUUGUGCAUUGCUUAGGUGGCCAUAGCAACACCUUGUCCAAGGAUCUCUUUUGAUUUGGAAAUGCUGUGCAUUAACAGGUUAACUGAUGCUCAGCUUACAUUCUGAAUCCAAUUUUGAAUAGGUUAAUUAGAAAUAAAAGGGAUGCAGGCAGAGGUUUAUGUUGGAGUUCAUUGAAAUCAAUGUUGGGUAACAGAAUGAAAUUCUGUUAUAACUUGAGAUAUUUAUAUAUGUACGCACAACUGAAAAUAAUAAUUUAAUGUUUGCCCUCCCUAAGCAAUCAUUAGCAAUAGGCUGACAUUUUGUUAGUGGAAAUAGAUUACAACUUUGUGUUUUUUGAAAGCUGCAAUGUUUUUAAUCCUCAAUCGUUGCCAUACUGUGGGUCUAUGAAUACCAAGUUCAUAACCAAAACUAUCGGGAGAAAUGUAAGAAUGAGUCUAGUACAAUAUGAACCUGUCUGAGUUUUCAUUUCCGUUCUCCUCAUGUGAACAUGUUUGGCUCCUACUUGAUGUCUUUGCACAGUGCCAGCUGUGUUAAUGUAAUGACCUCCAGUAAAGUGGCCAAUCAGCCUUGGUCAACACUACUUAAACUAUCUGCUUGUCACCUUUCCUGAACUCCUCUCCUGAAUACUGAAAGAUCUGGAGCUGCUUGGGAGACCAAUCUACUGAUUCCAAAUCACAUAACAUAUUUGUGUAUUUAAGUACUGACAAGCAAAGAAGUUCACAAUUAAACAUCGUUUUAAAAGAAA